CUCACGUUGGCAGCAGUGUCAAAAACGUAGUGAACGGGUCGAGAUAACGGGGAUCGCUUUCGUUCUUGUUUUAUCAAUUUUUUCACAUAACGAGCUUCUUUCAGUGACUUAUUUGUGUAAAUAUAUAACAAACGGUUAGUGAUAAGUGUAUAGUGUGAGCGUUUCGUCGGAAACAACGCUGUGAGUUUAGUGAAAUCGUGAUUUCCCGUUGACGUUAUAAUGGCCGAUCGCAAUGGGUUGUGUAAAAUGUUUAUUUAGGUCGUGCCCACGGCUAUUUAUGGUGGAAUGCACCUGAUUUCUGGGUGUAGGUGAGGGCGGCGGGGACAUGCCGCCCGCAUGAGCGCGCUGCUCUGCUGCCGCCGGCCGCGCGCCGCAGACAUGGGCGCUGCGCUGUCUCAGGAGGGCUCGUGUGAGGCAGCCGGCCUGCCUCAACCGCCGACCAUGGCCGACGUCAUACGAGAGCGCAAGAAGAAGGGUGGCGGCGCGGCGCUGGGCACGCUGCGCAGGCGCAUAGCGGCGGCGGCGCGGCGCCCGCGCGACCCCCGGCCUGAUAGAGGUUGUGAGCACGCCCGCUACAUCCGCUCCAUAGUCUCCACCUGGUCCGUAGCCGAAGUGUUCCUGCUAGCCGCGGAGCUGGAGGCGGGCGCGGCGCUGAGGGACCUGGCCGUGCAGGCGGACCUGGCGCGCCCGCCCGCGCCCAGCCUGGCCAGCGACCUGCAGGGGCUGCUGGAGAACAGUAUAUCAAAGCGAUGGUUCGGCCGUUAUGUCUGUAAGGGUGUUAUAAGUUUGCGUUGUGUAUCUGUGCGACUGUCUAGCACGCCAGAGCUGCGUCUGUGUCCGGCGGUGUCAGCGUCGCUCUGGUGUGGGGCGCGUGCAGUGGGGCGGGCGGCGCGGCGGAGGUGUCCCUGGGCGGCGGAGCUGGAGGCGGGCGCGGCGCUGAGGGACCUGGCCGUGCAGGCGAACCUGGCGCGCCCGCCCGCGCCCAGCCUGGCCAGCGACCUGCAGGGGCUGCUGGAGAACAGAUGGUGGUGCGACGUGGAGCUAGUGGGCUGCGGCUGGUCGCUGCCGGCGCACCGAGCCAUCCUCGCCGCGCGCUCCGCCUACUUCCGACACCUGCUGCCGAGGCACCCCAACGCCCGCCGCGUGCCGCUAGAGGGCGCCAUCGGCUCGUGGCCUCGUGACGUCAUGGCGGCCGCCAUAUUGGUUCUGUACGGGCACACUUGCAACACCAGCGGCUGGGACCGCGGUGCGGGGUCUGACACUGAACUAGAUAAUGCGGAGAGCUCACAGACCAACACGUGGGACCAGCGGCCGCGCCACGCCUGCUGCUCCAGCGGCGGCACCCUCCGACGUCUAACCACUGCCCUGCUGGCGUCCCGCGCUGCUCUGCACAGUGACGCCAACUACCUGCUCGACUCAGGUCAGUGUGGGACGCCCCCCGGCUCACUACGGUCAGUGUGGGACGCCCCCCGGCUCACUAUGACGUCUAACCACUGCACUGCUGGCGUCCCGCGCCGCUCUACACAGUGACGCCAACUACCUGCUCGACUCAGGUCAGUGUGGGACGCCCCUCGGCUCACUACGGUCAGUGUGGGACGCCCCCCGGCUCACUAUGACGUCUAACCACUGCACUGCUGGCGUCCCGCGCCGCUCUACACAGUGACGCCAACUACCUGCUCGACUCAGGUCAGUGUGGGACGCCCCUCGGCUCACUACGGUCAGUGUGGGACGCCCCCCGGCUCACUACGACGCUUGACCACUGCACUGCUGGCGU